AUGUCACUUCCUAGAUGGGUUGAAUCAUUUAUUAAUCCAGGAUAUCGAAGACUAGGGACAAAUGACAGUAAUAAUUCAAAUAACAAUAAUAAUCAAGAUCAGCAAUUACCAGGCGCUUUUCCAAAUGAUGAAUCAAUAGAAGAAGAAAAUUUAAGAAGAAGAAAUUCAUUUAAUUCACAAUCAUUAAACGAAUAUGCAUCUAUACUAUUGAAAUGGAUUAAUUAUUUAUUAAUUCAACCAAUAAUUAUAUCAAUCAUCAUAAUAUUUAGAAUACUAUCAAAAGUUUUAAAUACAAUAUAUUUUAAAAAUUUAAAUGUUUUACCUUCACCAAAUGAAAAUAUAGAUCCAAUUGAUAAAGUAAAUAAAUUUGUAAGAAAUUUAGAAGAUAAUAUACAACCAAAAAUUACAAAUUUAACAGAUUCACCAACUACAACCAAUAAUAUCAUAACAAAUCAUCAUCCACAAUUGCCACCAUUUUAUGAAGGAAGUUAUACACAAGCUUUAUAUAUGGCAACUCAUAGAGCUAAAUUUUUAUUUGUUUAUUUAACUAAUCCUCAAAAUGAAAAUUCAUCAUUUAUAUUUAAUGAAAUUAUAUUAAGUUCAGAAUUUAAUAAAAUUUUUUAUUCAUCUACAAAUCAAAAUAAUAUUAUAAUAUGGGGAGGAGAUUUAACAAAUCCAGAAGCUUAUCAAUUAGCAAAUAGUCUUAAUGUUACAAAAUUUCCAUUUUUAGGAUUAUUAUGUCUUACAAGAUUAACCAAAAUGACUCCAGAUGGUCCAAAAAAAGAUCCUGCUAAAAUUUCAUUAAUUGCAAAAUUACAAGGUGGUAAUAUAAAAACAAACAAUGGAGGAUUAAAUAAUGAAGAAGAUUCAAAAAUUAUUAUAAAAAAUAAAUUCCUCAAAAAGAUUGAAAAAUAUGAACCUGAAUUAAGCCUUAUAAGAAAAGAAUAUCAAGAUCAUUAUAUGACUGAAAUUUUAAAAAAGCAACAAGAAUAUAAUUAUUUAUUAUCAUUACAAAAAGAUAUACAAAAGAAAAAUGCAAAAGAAAAAGCUAAGAAGCAAGAUGAAUUUUUUAAAUCUAAAGCUUCGGUUUUUCAACAAUUUCAAUUACAACCAACUACAACAAAUGUCAAAAAUUAUGCAAAAAUUGUUUUAAAAUUUUCUGAUUCAACAAGAAAGACAAUAUAUUUACCAAAAUCAUUAAAAGUUAUAAAUAUUUACAUUUAUGUUGAAUUAUUAAAAAGAAAAUUAAUAAAUGAAUCACCUAAAGGUAAAAUUCAAAAUAUUGAAGAAAUAAAUGAUAUUGAUAAUGAUUUAAAAGAUAUUGAAUUUAAAUUUAAAAUUUCUUCACCUUUACCUCCAAGAUUAGAUUUAAAAACUAAAAUUAAUGAAUUAAUUGAAAAUGUUGAUAUUAUUUAUCCAAAUGGUUUAUUACUAGUUGAAGAUAUAUAG